AUGAGACGAUCACUACUACCGCCACUAUGGAUUGUUUUAUCCUUCACUUUACUCCUCCUCGUCCUCCCUCAAUUAACCUUGGCUGAAGAUCACGACGACAUAAAUCAAGACGCACCGUCUCCUCAAGAUUCACUCAUUAUUGAUAUCCAUAAUGGAGAUUUAUCUCAACUACAAGGCCAUCGCGAUUAUUAUUCGAUCCUACUAUUCACAUCAUCGAAUCCUGCUCAUGAAUGUGGACCGUGUCAGCAAGUCAUGCCUAUGGUUGAACAAAUUGGUAAUUUGUACUUGGCACGCUAUGCAACUUCAAAUUUACAAAUAAAGUUUUUCAAUAUUGAUCUUGGUGAUAUCACCAAUGCUGUCAUUUUCAGAAAAUUGAAGAUGGAUACUAUACCUCAUGUAUGGUUGAUUCCUCCUAGAAGUAGUAGUGGUAAUGACGAGGUACGAUUGAGUAAUGAAGAUGGUUCAGUUGAGGGUAUUUUUGAGAGUCCCCAUUUAGAAUAUCCCCUAAAAAAGGCUUCACUUGAGAUACAAAUUGUCGAGUUUGCCAAAUUCCUAAGUGAGGUCUUGAUGGUUGAUUUACGUGUUGAUACGACAACAGGUCAAAAUGGUGCUUCACAAAGUUCAACAAUUACAUUUUUAAAGACAUUUAUCAUCACCUUUACAAUUGUCGUAUUGAUCAAAAAGAAAGGUUCCGGUUUCAUAUCAAAUACAUCAAGAACAACCAUCAUGUCCUAUUUUGCAAUUGGUAUAGUAUUGUUGUGUGUUGGAGGUUCACAAUUUGCAAUACAGAACCAAUCACCGUUUGUCACCAAAGAUGAUGCAACGGGGACACUAGUUUUCAUAAGCGGCGGCAUGCAUUACCAAUAUGCGGUAGAGAUUUUCAUUGUUGGUGCUAAUUAUGCGUUAUUAGCUGCCUCGGUUGUAAGUUUGAUUAAAUUGGGCAGUUAUCAAGUUACUGAGUCUAGUUUGAUUAAAGAUGAAAAUUUGAGAGUAUGGUUAAUUAUUUUGAUUUCUGUGGUAAUUUAUUACCUAUAUAGUUGUCUUACGAGUAUUGUGUUGAGAAAGGAUCCCGGGUACCCUUACCCAUUGACCAAAUUGUUUUGA